UUGAAUCGCAUUACAUCGAUUGCUAUUAUAAACGAGUAGCUGAGAUUUCAUUGAUGUUCUAGUUGUACGAGUCGAAGCACUUUCCUGAACUUGAUGAACAAUAAGAACGAUUGAGUAUCGUGUUCUAUUUCUAAAAUCAUGGAAAUUGGACUUCCAACACGCUACGAACUGCACGAACAGAUCGGCAAGGGUACCUUUAGUGUAAUUCGAAAAUGUCGUGAUACACAAACCGAUGGAUUAUGUGCUGUAAAGAUAGUCGAUAUUUCUCGAAUGAACACAACGACUGGCCUCACACGUGAAGAUGUCGUAAAUGAAUGCCAAAUUUGUAAAAAGCUUGAACAUUCGCAUAUAGUAAAAAUGCUUGGUGCUUAUGAUGUUGACAACACUAUCUACAUGGUUUUCGAAUAUAUGGAUGGUGCUGAUCUCUGCUUUGAGAUUGUGAAUAGAGUAAAUGCAGGCUUUGUUUACAGUGAAGCUGUUGCAAGUCACUAUCUAAGACAAGUUUUAGAUGCCCUAUCUUAUAUCCAUGCCAUGGAGAUUAUACAUAGAGAUAUUAAGCCUCACAACAUUCUAUUGGCUAAUAAAGAAAACUCAGCGCCUGUAAAAUUAGCAGAUUUUGGAGUUGCACGAAUAUUAGAUUCCAGUCAACUCAUAACAAGUGGGAGGAUAGGAACACCACAUUUUAUGUCGCCAGAGGUUGUAAAGAGAGUACCAUAUGGAAAACCUAACGAUGUUUGGGGAUGCGGAGUAAUAAUGUUUAUUCUUUUAAGUGGUUCAUUUCCUUUCAAUGGUACUGGAGAGAAAAUAUAUGAUGUCAUUUCCACUGGAAAUUAUACAAUGCGACCAAAGCAGUGGGACUUGAUAUCAGAUGAUGCAAAAGAUUUAGUACAAAGUUUACUAGCCUACGAUCAGACUAAACGAAUCACAGCUGAUCAAGCCCUUGCUCAUCCUUGGCUAAAGGACAGAGAUAUUGCACCAAGAAAUCAUCUUCAGGAAUGUGUUGAUGAAAUGAAGAAGUUUAAUGCAAGAAGGAAACUAAAGGGAGCUGUUUUGGCCGCUGUUGCAAGCCGUAAAUUCUUUGGUGGUAUUCUUCCUAAUGGAGAUGUUCAUCAGAAUGGUUUUGGACCGGAACAUAAUACAGACGAAUAUCACCACGACGACAGUGAUUUGAACGCAGCAGGUUCAGUGGCGCAAUUACUUGAUUCAUUGGAGGAGGUUCAAAUCUUAUCGCAAGCUAAGAAGACUGACGUUGACUUUCUUCAUCGUUUCCUGGACAAUAACAAGUUCCAGUCAUUACUAGAGAUUUAUGAUCGCGUACAAGAGUGGUCCAUAAUAAGUGAUAAAUCAAGAUCUCAUAUACAACCAGACGCCACACAAACUGCUAAAGAGGCAAUGGACACAAUUGAGAUUCCAGCAGAGGAGGAUGAUGAUUGUUUUGAACUCCAAAACAUUAUGAAAGAACCGAAUAUGGUGGCUUUGCUUGAAGCUCAUGACAAUGUCUUAAACGUUCGCAAAGAAGAAGAAAGACAGUCAAUGUCUGAUAUUGAUGACAGAUCUGAUACAUUACCAAAAGAGGCUGUGACAAGAGUGAGACUUGUGCAGUUUGAAAAAACCACAAAUGAACCUAUGGGAAUUACGUUGAAACGUGUUGAUAACCGUGUGUACGUUGCAAGAAUAAUGCAUGGAGGAAUGAUUCACAGACAAGGAACUUUGCAUCCUGGUGAUGAAAUUCGAGAGUUGGAUGGAGAAAACGUAGAGGGAAAGUCAAUCGAAUCCUUACAGUCAACUUUGAAACAAGCAAGUGGCACUGUCACGUUUAAAAUCGUCCCAAGUUUCAGACACGAAAAUACUGAACGGGGGAGUUUCGUGAAAGCACUAUUUUCUUACGACCCAAGAGGUGAUGAACUAAUCCCAUGCCAACAAGCAGGUUUGGCAUUCCAAGUUGGAGAUAUUUUGGAGAUUGUUUCAAAAACAGACUUCAAUUGGUGGCAGGCUGUCAAAGUGACAGACAAAAACCUUGCUGGUCUUGUACCGUCACCUGAACUGCAAGAAUGGCGAGUCGGUUAUGCGGCUUCAGAAAAAGCGAGAAAAAAUCGAGUCUCCUGUUUGGGAUUUCGAAAAAAGAAGCGUUAUAAAGAUAAAUAUGUUCUCAAGCAUAAUGCUGUGUUCGAUCAACUGGAUUUGGUGACGUAUGAAGAAAUAGUUAAACAAGAGAAUUUCCGAAGGAAGACAUUAGUCCUCCUGGGAGCUCAUGGUGUUGGACGAAGACACAUUAAAAACACUUUGAUCAACAGAAACCCUGGGAAAUACGCAUAUCCAAUACCACAUACCACAAGACAGCCAAAACCUGGCGAAGAGGAUGGCAAGAAUUACUUUUUUAUUUCAACGGAUGCGAUGUUGCAAGACGUAGAACAGAACAAAUAUUUAGAAUUCGGCAGUCACGAAGGAGCAAUGUAUGGAACUAAACUUGAUACUGUGCGUCACAUUAUAUCUCAAGGAAAAAUGCCUUUACUUGAUGUGGAACCACAGUGCUUAAAGAGUUUACGUUGUUCGGAGUUCGCUCCAUAUAUCGUGUUUAUUGCCGUACCACCUGUGGUUGGUACGAAUACUGAAAACUCAGCUGAUAAAGAGCCCACGGACGAAUCUCUUGUUAAACUUGCCAAGGAUUCGGAAGCUCUUCAGCAAAAAUACGAUUAUCUAUUCGACAUGACGAUUGUCAAUAACAAUAUAGAAGAUACGAUAACGAGUCUGGAGAGCUCCUUGGCAAGACUGCACAACUCUCCGCAAUGGGUGCCUGCCUCAUGGAUAUACUAAGAAAGGUAGUGUCGUCAGGUAACCUUAAUGAACACAGGAUCCCACAGAGCCCGCGCAGCAUCAGUCUCUCAUAUAGUGUUCACUGUAAAAGGGAUAGUAGAAUAUACAAAACAGCAUGAAGGAUGAAUCUGGUAUAUUACAGAAAAGUAUGUCUCUAUUAACAGUAACUUAUGAAAUUGUACAUAAUGCGAAUAAUUUUUAACCAAGUUAUGCUUAAUGCGCAAAGUGCAAAAUGGUUGACCACGGACAUAUACAGCCUCGCGUCUUCAUUGAACAUAUAGAGGUAAAAGGAUUGUGGCUCAAUAUAUUUUAACGAAGCCUAAGGAAGUCACAAUGCAUGUUAUCAAAUCUACUUUCUGAUUAUAAUUUUCUAACAUGUAAAAAUUUUUCAAGCUUUGAGUAAGACAGUACGGAAUAACCAAAUGAGAAAACAGAAAUGGUUUUUAAACUUAUUGGGUUUGUAUAGCUGGUGUAGUUUGUACACACAAUAUAAUUCAU